GAUUAAUUCCAUAUGCCGUAUUUGAUCUACCUCUUAUCGGUAUUUAUUUACAUAAACUUUGAAUGCAAUGGCAACACUAAUUCAAAACUGUUUAUUGUAACAAGUGAUCAUUCUCAAGGAUUUUUCGUGAUUUCUUUUUAAAACAAGUCAUUAUAUAUCUAUAAUACAAUAAUUUGUUUUGCUUCUUUGACAAAUAAAAGGAAAUUUAUCAAUCAAUCAAUCAAUUAAUCAAGAAAGCUUCUUCCUUUUCAGUAUCUAACUGUAAUUCUUAUCUUCAAAAUUUAAAUGUGGUAUAUCAAGUUACAAUAAUCCAAACUUUAAAAAUUUAGACGGAAGAUGGACACCCAUGGCAUAGAGUGGAAUAAAAAAAACAAUUUAAGGACUAAUUAUUGCAAAAUAUCGUUAUGAUAGGAUUACUUAUCAUAUGCUUUACUCUAAAGUGCUUUACUUACGAUCGACACAAUUACAACUUUGUGAAGGGAUUACCGGAAUAAGCGCGAAAAACAAGACCACUGAUCAGACUGACCUAAAUAUUAUUAAUCUUAUAAACUUUUUUAGUGGGUUGGUCAGUGAAGCCGAUUAGUUUUUUUUUAAUUGUUUCUCUUAACGGCAGUUGCUAUAUACAUGGUGGGGUUUAAGUUCCUGACUCACUCACACGUACAGUGACUACAUCAAAGACGUGAUAUUGUAAAUUACUACUUGUAUCAUUGUGUCAUUGAAAAACAAUAAUAGCAAUAAAAAAAAUAUGAUUAUAUUUAGAACUAGGAAAAAAAUGGAUUUCAUAGAAUUGGAAAUAAGAUGAAUGGACGAAAUUGACGCAAUUAAAAGACAAAAAGUUGCGUAUUAUCAAUAUCACAAUAACUGGAAAUUAUUUGAUUUAGAUUUACAAAUACUGAAAUAAAAUUGUGAUAAUUUUAAUGACUCUAAGGUCUAGUUAAAAGUAAUCAUUGUGAAUCUACAACAACAGUCUAUUAAACACAUCAAAUUUAAAUUUUUGUUAUAAAUCUUUUGUGACAAUUUCAAGUCUUGAGAACAAACCACAAUGAACGAGAUACAGAAAUCGGUUUUACAGCGGCACUAUAAGCAGUUGUCAGAUGAUAUUAUGAUGACAGAAGAUCUACUGGCAACACUCUUCACUAGAAAGGUGUUUGAGAGGGGGAUGAUUGAAACAAUAAAGGCUGAGAAGACCCCAACGGACCAAGUGUACAAAAUGUUAUCAAUGUUACCAAAACGAGGUCCCGAUGCAUUUGACAUCUUUGUUGACAUUGUAAAAGACGAGUAUCCUUGGUUGGCUGCGAUGCUGGAAACCAGUCUUAAAAAUGAAACAGAGUCAAUGCUGCAGCUGCAGCGUCAGAAUUCCCUCCUAAACCUGAGAUGUACGUCUGCUACAACAACAUCACAGAAAAUAGAAAAUCAGUCUCAAGUAGAUGGAACUACACCAAGACCACUGGAAGUGAAUGCUGACCCUGACAUAAAGACAAAAGUGGGAACCUUUAUACACAAACAGUUUGGUCAGAGCAAAAGAAUCUCACAACAAGAUAAGAAAAUCAUGGAAAAAUGGUUAUCUGAACAAUUACAAGCAGAGAGAAAAAUUAGGGCCAAGAAAAGUUCAAUUUCAACAGAGGAAGAGAUGCAAGACCGAAGUGCAUGUACAAGUCCUGAUCCUAUUCAAGGUGACUUGCAAAAGGUUUACAACAAAGUACGAGAUGAAAACCUCAGUGACCUUCUAAACAGUGCACAUGCUAGCAAACAUUUUGAAGGUGAGAAUGAAUCCAAAGGCUCUGAUGAAAUUGAUGCAUCUUUUAAAAAUGAUACACCCAUGGACAUGGCAACAGUUGUAACGAAGCUUGACAUGGAGAUAGACAAACUGAUCAACAGAAUGAACCAUAUGGAAGGUCUUCUAACACAAUGCCACUAUAUCCUCGGAGACCCAGACCGAAAACAAAAGCUACCAACUCUUAUUAAAGACUCCCAAAUGGAAGGUAAACAGUUUGAAAGAGAGCUGAAUAAGGAGAAAGCUAAAACUGAAAAGAUGCUUCAUGAGUUAUAUGACUAUUGUAAGUCUAUCAAUAAACUAGAAAAUGUCAGGCAACAGCAGAGAACAAAUAUUGAAAAGAAUAGUGAAGAAAUUGAAAGACUCAAAGCCGAGAACGCUGUCCUCAGGGAGAAAUGUACAAUGCUUGAAACAGUCAACAACAAGCAUUUGGAAAAGGAAAAGACACUUAACAACUUGAAAAAGAUGGUUGAUGAUUUGAGAAGUAGUCACACAAAUCUAGCAGAUGAGAAUGCCAACUAUAGAAUCAAUUAUGGAACAAAUGCUCUAAGAAACAAUAGAAGACUAGGAGGAAGAAAUGCAGUAAUUCGUCGAGGGUCAACUGUUGCUGAAACCAUGACAACCACAGUCAGAAAACCAGUUACAAAACAGGUUUUAAACACAAACAGAAGGUCCAAACCUUUGAGUAGAAUUUGAUGAAAUGUUGCAUUAGGAAAUUGACAUCCUAAAUGAUUAAACUGAAAAACUGGUCUUUAAUUUUUAUAAAGACGAAUGUUCAGAGGUGCUGUAAAGUUAGAGAUAAAAGGAUGAAAUCUGAUUCUGUAUUAGAAUCUUCAAUAUGAUUAUGAUCUCUCUGAUGGUCAUAAAACUACAGGAAUAAUUCAUUUCCUAUGAUGCCUUUAUCACUUGAACUUCUGUGACAAAUUUAUAGAAUUAUUCAAGGGAGAGGAGGCUUCAGUGAAAAAGGUAACUACUAUGUAACAAAGAGUUACCAUUAUGGAACAGAGAAUAAACAAUUAAAUAUUGUUAUUAUUUCACACUGAAUCUGUGUUAAUCCUGAAAGGUUGAUGACAUGCAUUCUGACAAAGGUUCUUUAGUUAUAUAAUAACAUGACUAUUCUUCCAGUUUGGACCUGUUCUUCCAUGCCGUAUGACAAGGGUUCUUUCGUUACGAACAUGACUAUUCUUCCAGUUUAUAUUCAAGCCUGAGCUAUACUGUUUGUUGCUCAGUUUUACAAAUAUUACUCUGAAAUCCAUGUUACUACCAUGUGACUUUUUCAAAUUUAAAGAAAGACAUGUCAGACAUAUCAAUUCAGCAGAAACAAGGGCUACUAUCUGAAUGUGCUGGUCACAGCUUACUUGUUGUUUGUUUUAUGGUGAAAAAUGAAUGGUUUUCCCAUCAUUUAUGAUUUUGUAGGUAAUAUCUUAUUACUUUAAACAUGUACAAUAUGCAUUAUUUUAUAGAAUUUUAUCUAUACAGCCAAACCACUGCAUUUUCUCAUUUUAUGUUUUAUAUGAUUUAUGAUUUGUAUUGACUAUAAUCUCCAACAUUAUUUCACAGAGUUUAUCAAAACAUCAUUUUAUCUAAUUUUGUAAAAUAAUGUUUCACUUCAUUUUCAAAAUUUUGACAUGUAUUUUCUGCAUUUACAAACAUAUGUGUGCAUUCAAUCAAAUGAGAAGCAUGUAUACUUUGUAUGUUCAAUUUUUUGCUUUUUGUUGCUUGUUUCAUGCUUUUACAAGAGACAUUAAAGUAUUCUUCAAGUUUGAGUAAAUUUGAGUUGGCCU